UGUUCUCCACCUCCUACGAUUCCGCAAGUCAGUGACGGCCGCCACGAUGGAACCACGUCUGAUCUCCUGCUCGGCAUGCCGCUACCACAAGGUCCGUUGCAUCGUCGACGAAGGCCAGGAGCACUGCCAGCGAUGCCUCAAGCGCGGCGAGGUAUGCGCGCGGCGGGAGACGAAGCGGGCACCCCCAAGAGAUCCCGCCCGAAAGCGCAAGGCGUCCCUCACUCCACCGCCCUUCUUUGACUCCUCUUCGACUCGGUUGAGCUCUCACCGGCGCUCGGUCGCGUCUCCCUACUCCGAUUCGAAGUUUGCUAAGGCGAAGACGGAGGAGUCUCGAGAGUAUCUGCAGCAUCAACAAGAUGAGGACAGUGCUGCGCUGCUGAGCAAUCCGCUCAAAUUGCUCGCCCAGGCAUCGCAUGAGGUCCAGAGAGGUGACCAGCUGGCGAGAUUGCUCGAUUUGGAUGAGGAGUCGAGCAGCAGCCCCCCAAGUUCGAGUGGCGAAAGAGGCCCAAGGGCGUGGGACUUGUCCAACGUUGUGACAACGUGCGACAUUGGGGCCUUGGCUCGCUGGACAAAGCAUUUCUCCGCCGGUCUCUACCAGCCCAUGCAUGAAAGUCCAUCGCUGAAUCCAGCUGAGAGCGGACUCGUCAGCUCGUCAAGGGCUGCCUCGCUGUACCACGACUACAUGGAUGGUGGCCUCAACAGCUCCGUCCCGCUGCUCGAUCCGGACAUUCACACAUUCAAGCAUGUGCUCCGCCAUCCGACGCUCGCCACCGUCGUCCUCUACGUCUCUGCUCGGCAUGCGUCCUUUUCGGGCGCGCCAGACCUCGUCGUCGACCUCGAGCGGCACUUUCUGCAGAAUUGCUUGCCCCAUGUUGUCCUCGACGGAUGCAAAACAGUCGAGAUCGUCAUGGCCCUUGUCCUAUAUGCAUCACACCAUCCCUUUGCCACCAAGCCGAGCGAUGAUCGCGCGUGGACGAUGCUUGGACAUGGCAUCCGUAUCGCCACCGAGCUCGACUUGAGCUCGCGCCUCGUCUCGCAAGCAGUCGCCGAUCCCGUCCUCAAGCGGCAAUUUCGAGCGAGAGAGAGGACUUGGCUCCAGCUCUGGCUUGCCACCCAAUCGCUGGGUACGGCCACUGGACGGAGACAAUUCCUCGGUACGGAUGGCAUCGUCCAAGACUGUGCUGGAACUUGGCAUCAAGGCAUCGAAGCAGGCGACCCAAUGAAAGAAGCAGACGCAGCCACUGUGGCGAGGGUGCAGCUGCACCACGUCUAUGGCCGAAUCCGGUCUCUCUUCCGCUAUCUCACCACCACACCAGUCGCAAACUCGCCGCAGCGCUGUGUGAUGGAUCAAGACAAACAGGACUACUACCUCUCGCGUAUCCACAACGAGGUAGAACAGUGGCUCGACCAAUGGCCGCUGCUGAGGGAGACGCUGCUUCCCCAUGGCACAUAUAUCCGAGUCUUGCUCAUCUCCAUGUCGCUGCAAGGACCGUCGAGCAGCAUUGCGGCUAUGGAGCCGGCCCUGGUCCGUCUGUACGAGUCUGUCACGACCUAUCUGGAGGACUUUGUCACAAAAGGCUCCAAUGUAGGCCAGCAACCCAACUCUGUCCUCGUCGCUGUCACGUACAUGGCCGUAUUGAGUCUCAAGCUGGCCCGUUUAUCAUGCUCCGACCAGCCACAUCAAAAGCAGCCCGACCGUCUGCCCUGGAUCCAGACCGAAAGACUACGUCGUCUCGUCAGGGACGCAGCCAAGAACCUGAGCCAGUCGGUCGAUGUCCGGGCUCAACGAUAUGCCGAGUAUCUGGACUGGCUCCUCGGAUGUGCCUCUUCUUCUUCUUCCGAGCAAAAGACGCAUGCCGCCACCUCCAGCGCGUCCACAACGACAUCGCCGAAUGUCGAUGCGGCUUCCUCCUUGUCGGCAGACGCCUCGUUGAAAGCUUCCUCGACGGACCCCACAACUGUAGCGACCCCCAACGAGGACGUUGGCAGCCUCUUUGACAUCACGCCUUCAUCUUCUCUGAAGUGGCCGUCCGAUGUACCGUCAGCGACAGCGUACCAGCAAGCGUCGGUAGACCCCACGCUGGCGAUGGGCCACGACGUCGCUGGUGCUACCGUUUCGUUCUCGUCCGUCUUUGGCGACGAUCUCUUCUCCGGUCCCUUUACGGCCGACGUCGACCAGGACAUCCUGGCGUGGGCCCAGCGUUUUGUCGUGUCCUAGGUUCAUACUCUGUAUCUUUAGCCCAGUAUUUUGUAAAUGAUGCUUCGAGGAUUCCCC